AUGGCGGCGCAACUCGACACCCACACCCUGGGCCUCGUCUUCCAGUCGCGACCAGACAUCCUUGCGGGCAUCCAGAACGCUGCCGAUACCCCAGCGCGUACAAGUCUGUUCAACGACAUUGCCACUUUUGUGUACGAGCGGCUGGCCUCAGCUGUUGAUCUCGACGAUGGGCCCUCAUCGAAGAGGAGGCGCGUGGAUAUCGCACAAACACAGCGGAACGGACAGACGGGGAGCAGAGCGUUGCCCGCUGGGUCGCAGCCGGCUGGCUUCAACGCCGACGCUGCUGCUACGGACCCCGUGCUGCUCGAGGUGAAGGACAUCUCGGUUACAGCGCCGCAGCGCAAGAAGUACGACCUAUGCUUCACCAAGAAUUUCCUAUAUGCCCGGGCGCCGGGGUCUUCAGUCCCGGUGCAGGGAAUUGCGUACGCGUGGACGGAUAUCGACCACGCGUUCUACCUGCCAGUCCCCGACAAAUCCCAAGUGCAGUACAAUUACGUCCUCCUCCCGCGGGAUAGCUACCUCCCAACCGCGAAACAAGCGGGCGCCGCACCGGGCGACAAACAACAGCCGCUCGAGCCACUCGUCUUCACCGUCCCAGCGACGGCUCCCAAACCCGGCAGCAUCGCCGGUCCAUCGGCCAAGACAGCCGAGGCCGUGUCGGACACCUACAGCACUCUCUUCCACUGGGCGCUGACAACAUCACUGCGCGCGGCGGGCAACCACGCCUGCCAGCUCGUCGCCUCCGACCCCAAGAUCUUCCACAGCGUGGCGCGGCAGCCGCACCGGCCCAACGAGAAGGCGGUCCACGUGAAAGCCUUCCGCGGCAGUAAGGACGGCUUCCUGUUCUUCCUGCCGACCGGCAUCCUGUGGGGGUUCAAGAAGCCGCUGCUGUUCCUCCCGCUGGACCGCAUCGUGGCCGUGAGCUACACGAACGUGCUCCGAACGACCUUCAACAUGGUGGUCGAGCUCGACAACAACGAUGGCGAGGAGGCCUUCGAGAAGGAGAUCGAGUUUGGCAUGCUCGACCAGGAGGACUAUCAGGGCAUCGACGAGACCUAUGUCCGCCGGCACGGGCUCGCCGACCGCAGCAUGGCUGAGCAGAGGAAGGCCAAGCGCCAGCUGGCGGAGAACGCCGGCAGCAAGAAAUCGGCUGCUGCUGCUGCUGCUGCCGGGGAUGAGGAAGGGGCUGGUGAGGGAGGUGAGGAGGAUGGCUUGACCGAGCUGGAGCGGGCCCAGCGCGAGGCCGAGCAGCGGCUACAGGACGAGGAAGACGAGAUGGAGGAGGACUAUGACCCGGGAAGCGAGGGCGAUAGCGAAGGUGAGGGGUCAAGUGACGAGGAUGAUGAUGAUGACGAUGAUGACGCCCAAGGAGGCUCUGACGAAGAGGAGGAGGAGGGUGAAUGA